CCAAAAAAAAGUUAGAUUUUCAAAAAGCACAGUAUUAAUUAAAUUAAAUUAUGAUUGAUUAUAAUGGUUAUCGCGAUUAGUUAAUCUUAAUGAUAAAAAAGGAUUAUUAAGUAGGUACGUCUCUUACGUGCCUCUAUGGUUGUGUAGUAACUGUGAGUGAAAUUCUCAUAGGUUAUAUACCUUUAAAAUAUUUAUUUAGAAAGAAAAUUGUUUAACACUGUUCCCCCUGUUUUUCAUCUGAAUUUCUUAUAAAUAGACUUCUUCAACUUAAAGCAGUACUACAGGAGUUUAACCGUUAACGGGAAUUGCCAAAAUGAACCGUUAACUGGGGAGUGUUAUCUAAAAAUGUUUAUUUUUAAAGAAAAAUUGCUCAAAACACCAAGCCAUUUCUAACAAGAAAAAGUUACUUUUACGAAAAAGGCGUGAUACGGAUGUUUUACCUUGUAUGUAUGUCAUUGUACAUAUGUUCUACAUAUUUCGAUGAUAUUUUCCUUGAGAUAGGAAAGGGGAAAUCCUUGGGGAAAAAACAAAUUUACUAGAAUUAUAAUGGGUACUAGUUUUUCUACUAUUUUUUCUGAUACAUGUUCUGAUACAGAAGUUGUAUACAGAGAUGAAGACGUUUCCGAUUCAGAACUGAUGGAAAGUGAAGACGAAUUAACAAUGGAUAACAUCAACUGCACCAUUGAUGCUAUCAAUUCAGCAAGUUCAGGAAAUUACCCAAUUCAUACAAAACAUAUUACUCUGGAAAAUUUGCCAUUUAUUGAAAAACAUUUAGAUUUUGAUGAAAAGGUUUCAUUGGUAUUUUUACUUUAUGAUAACAUCCAAGUUGCAUUACAAACUUUACUUUUGUUAAAACAUGGUUCAGAAAGUGAUGUUAUUACAGAAUGGGCCAAAUCAUCUCAGUCGAAUCCCUAUUGGCAUGAUAAGUUAUUGGAAGCUUUAGCAAUAAUUCAAAAUUUAGCAAUCAUAAGAAAGUUAGAUAUGAUGGAAGACAUAGAGAGUAGAUUUUUACCAAGAAAUAUGUAUGGGCAUUUAUUUGUAGACCCAAUUAAAAAACUAUUAUACUUGCUAUGUGAACAUUUUGAUUCAAAAACAACCAAAAACUUUGUUUCAUACUUACAAAAUAAGUACAAAGAUUGUAACAUACACUACAGCAGUGAAAAUUUAGAAAUAACACUGUUAUCUUUAUUAAGUACAAAAUGCAUAUCACUUGAUGAUAUGAGCUCAUUUGCCCAAAUACUAAAAGAACUUGGUAUUGAAGCAUUUUAUGAUCAACUGAAAAAAUUUUGCAAAAGUAAUGGUUGUGAAGAAAUAAAACCAUUGAAGAAUGGUACUAAGAAAAAAUAUGCUUUGGAAACAUGCCAAAGUCAAAAAAGAAUGUCUGAUAAAGUUAGCAACUUUUGUGUAGAUCAAAAUGUUGGAGUUAUGGAAUUAGGUGGAAGUGAUUUUAGCCGUAGAUCAUCAGUGUCUGCUUCCUCUGAAAAUGACUGCAAUUCUAGAAAUAGGAAGAUUUCAAAUUCUGAUCUAUCUUAUAAAAUUAAUGAAUAUCGGCCUGGUGUUUGUUUGAUUAUUGAUCAGGAAAAUUUUUAUACUGAAUGUGAUCAAAAUUUAAAGGACUUAUUGCUACAUGAUGAAAAACUUGAAGACAGAGUGGGUACUGAAAAAGAUAAAGUACUAUUAAAAGAAACAUUUAAAGCAUUUGGAUUCACAGUAUAUAUUGAGAAAAACAAAACUCAUGCAGAGAUUAUUACUGUUAUAGAGCAAGUAGUAAUGAAAAUAACUGACGAAUCUAGUCUUUUCGUAUGUGUAUUGAGCCAUGGUACUGAAGGUAAAGUUUAUGGAGUUAACAGUAUUCCUGUUGAUGUUAAUAAGAUUAAAAAUAGCAUGUGCAGGAAAAAUCUGAAGAAUUUAAGAGAAAAGCCAAAGAUUUUAAUUCUACAAGCAUGCCAGGGCAGUAAAUGCCAGGAAGUUAUAAAUGUUGAUAUAAAUGAGGAAAUAGACUCUUUGGAGAUGGACAGUCCUGUGGAAGCAAUUGCUUAUGCUGAUAUGUUUGUAUUUACUGCAACAAUUCCUGGUUUUGGUGCAGUGAGAGAUAAAAAAAAUGGUACUUGGUUUAUACAAUCCUUCUGUCAAAAUUUGAAGAAUCACUGGCAUGAGUAUCAUUUUGAAGAUAUUUGUACUCUAGUUCAGCAGGAUGUAAUUAGUAAAAGAUGGGGCUCAAAAGUAAUGGUUCCUGAAAAAAAAGGUACCCUAUCGAAAUUCUUUUAUUUACCUGAGUAUCAUGCAGAAUAAGUAACUUAAUGUUAAUUUAAUUUUUAAUAACAAGCAGUAAUGGAUUUACAGAGCUUCAAAAAUAUUUCAGAAAAACUGCUCAUCUCAGUUCUUUUCUGAAUAUAUAAAAAGCCCAAAUAGGGUUGUAAAUAAUUUUAUUUAUGCAAAACCAACACGUUUUGGUUUUAUUUUAAGCAGAACAGUUCAGUGGUUCAAGAAAAUGCUCCAUAAUUAGUUCUGUUAUUUUUGAAUUAUUAAUUAUGCAUUAAAUGAAUCAUAGGAACAACAAGUGCUUUACAAAAAUAGUAGAUCAUUAAGUACAAAAGUAUAAAGUUACGGCUAGGACUGUUAAACUAGAAAAUUGAAUAUUUUUUAUAUCAUGUAAGUCAUGUGCUGCUUCAUUGUGAUAAGUUAAUAACGAAUUUACAAACUUGUAAGGCUUAUUUAAAAAUAAUUGUUUAAUCAAGUUAUACAAGAGCAAAGUUUCUUUGAAGAUGAAAUUUUAAUUUACUUCCUUUUUUUAAUUUAAAUUUAACCGACUUAUUGUUAGUAUAAAUCGGAAGCUUUAUCGAUUAGUAACCAAAACAUUUUUAUGUAAUAGACCGCAUGUUCAUUAUCAUUGUUUUUAUUGUUCUACAGUUUUAUAUCCACAUAAAUUAUAACGUGAUUUUACUUUGUUAAAUUUUUCUGUUAAUCGUUGAAUUAUGUGUAGAUUUUUAAACAAUAAAUGCAUAUGUUCAGUAAAA